UCUUGCCUCCAUUCUCUUUCAAGUCUAACCUAUAAAUAGCCUUAUUAGCUUCUUUAAUUCUCAUGUAUAACAAAGCUUGAGAGUUGAGAAAAAAAACCUCGACAUGGCUUCUAUUCUUGCAUUGCUCUUGAGCUCAAUUCUCAUGGCUUCAGCACUUUCACCAGGAAAUGGGCUGAGUUUGAAUUACUAUGAAAAAACAUGUCCUGAUGUCGACACUAUUGUUACAGAUGCUGUCAGGGAUGCAAUGGCAAGAGACAAAACAGUUCCUGCAGCUCUACUUAGGAUGCAUUUCCAUGAUUGUUUCAUAAGGGGCUGUGAUGCUUCAGUGCUGUUAAAUUCAAAAGGCAGCAAUAAGGCAGAGAAAGACGGUCCACCUAAUGUUUCACUACAUGCCUUUUAUGUCAUUGACAAUGCAAAGAAAGAAGUUGAAGCUUCGUGUCCUGGUGUAGUUUCUUGUGCUGAUAUUCUGGCUUUAGCUGCAAGAGAUGCAGUUGCACUUUCUGGAGGACCAACAUGGGAUGUGCCUAAGGGAAGAAAGGACGGGAGAACAUCAAAGGCAAGUGAAACAAUACAAUUGCCAGCUCCAACUUUUAACAUCUCUCAGCUGCAACAAAGCUUCUCCCAAAGAGGCCUGUCCAUGGAUGAUCUAGUGGCUCUUUCAGGUGGGCACACUCUAGGUUUUUCCCACUGUUCGUCCUUCCGGAACAGAAUCCACAAUUUUAAUGCCACUCACGACAUAGACCCAACUAUGAAUCCCUCAUUCGCAGCAAGGUUAAAAAGUAUUUGCCCUAAAAACAAUAAGGCGAAGAAUGCCGGUGCCCCCAUGGACCCUUCCUCAACGACUUUUGAUAACACGUAUUUCAAGUUGAUCCUCCAAGGAAAAAGCCUGUUCUCUUCAGACCAAGCUCUUCUCACAAGUACAGGGACUAAAGAUUUAGUUUCCAAGUUUGCUACCUCCAAAGAUACUUUCUCAGAGGCAUUUGUCAAAUCUAUGAUCAGAAUGAGCAGCAUCACAGGUGGCCAGGAGGUUAGGAAGGACUGUAGGGUGGUAAAUUAAGGAUCUCUCAGCUUAGUUCUAGUCAAUUCUAAACCAUGAGAGAUGAAUGAUCGAUCAAACAUAAUUCUUUCGUUGGAUAGGAACACAAGAAACCUCAAUCCAAAAUAGCGAUAAUGGACAAGUAUUUUGUAUGAAAUUGAAAUAAAAUUGAUGCAUAGUGUUCUAUUGCAUAGUGUUUCA